AUGUUAAUAGCUAAGCGUACCCAACGGGCACGUAAUCCACUUUAUACUAUAACUCGUUUACAGUCAACAAAGGUUCAAGGAGGAGUUAUUGGUAUUGAUUUAGGUACCACUAAUUCUGCGGUGGCUAUUAUGGAAGGUAAAGCUCCAAAGAUCAUUGAAAACGCGGAAGGCUCAAGAACUACCCCAUCUGUAGUGGCUUUCACUAAGGAUGGUGAACGUUUAGUUGGUACUCCAGCAAAACGUCAAUCCGUUAUAAACCCAGAAAACACUUUGUUUGCUACUAAGCGUUUAAUCGGUCGCCGUUUUGAAGAUGCUGAAGUUCAAAGGGACAUUAAACAGGUUCCCUUCAAGAUUGUAAAGCAUUCUAAUGGGGAUGCCUGGGUAAAAGCAAGAGGCCAAACAUAUUCCCCAGCACAAAUAGGUGGUUUUGUCCUGAGUAAAAUGAAGGAAACGGCUGACGCUUAUUUGGGUAAAAGCGUGAAAAAUGCCGUUGUUACUGUUCCUGCUUACUUUAACGAUGCUCAAAGGCAGGCAACCAAAGAUGCAGGGCAAAUUAUAGGGCUGAACGUAUUGCGAGUUGUUAAUGAACCCACAGCUGCCGCCUUAGCUUAUGGAUUGGAUAAAUCCGAGUCAAAAGUCGUUGCGGUUUUUGACUUAGGUGGAGGUACUUUUGACAUCUCCAUCUUGGACAUCGAUAACGGAGUUUUUGAAGUCAAGUCUACUAAUGGUGACACUCAUUUGGGUGGUGAAGAUUUCGAUAUCUAUUUGUUGAGAGAAAUCGUUUCUCGUUUUAAGGCUGAAACCGGUAUCGAUUUAGAGAAUGACCGUAUGGCCAUUCAAAGGAUAAGAGAAGCUGCUGAAAAGGCCAAGAUCGAGUUAUCGUCGACUGUUUCUACCGAAAUUAACUUGCCUUUCAUUACCGCCGAUGCCACAGGUCCGAAGCAUAUCAACAUGUCUUUUUCUAGGGCCCAACUUGAAAGUUUAACCGCUCCCUUAAUAAACAGAACGAUUGAUCCGGUCAAAAAAGCUUUGAAAGACGCAAAGCUCACGUCUUCCGAUAUAUCUGAUGUUUUACUAGUCGGCGGUAUGUCAAGAAUGCCUAAGGUUGUAGAAACUGUGAAAAAGUUAUUCGGCAAGGAUGCUUCCAAAGCCAUUAACCCUGAUGAAGCGGUAGCACUGGGCGCUGCUAUCCAAGGUGCCGUCUUGUCUGGUGAAAUUACUGACGUUUUGUUACUGGACGUUACUCCUUUAUCGUUAGGAAUUGAAACCCUAGGAGGUGUUUUCACUAGAUUAAUUCCAAGAAAUUCCACGAUUCCCACCAAAAAAUCCCAAAUUUUUUCCACUGCCGCAGCAGGUCAAACAGCAGUCGAAGUUAAAGUUUUCCAAGGCGAGAGGGAGUUGGUCAAUGAUAAUAAAUUAAUCGGGAAUUUUUCUCUCCAAGGUAUUCCCCCAGCACCAAAAGGUGUUCCCCAAAUUGAAGUCACUUUUGAUAUUGAUGCCAAUGGAAUAAUCAACGUUUCAGCAAAAGAUCAUGCCAGUAACAAAGACUCUUCUAUUACUGUUGCUGGAGCUUCAGGACUUUCUGAAGUUGAAAUUGAACAAAUGGUUAACGAGGCCGAAAAAUAUAAAGGCCAAGAUGCAGUUAGAAGAAAAGCUAUCGAAACCGCCAAUAAAGCUGAUCAAUUAGCCAAUGACACCGAGAAUUCCUUGAAGGAAUUUGAAGAGAGAUUGGAUAAAACCGACUCUCAAAUCCUCAAAGACCAGAUUUCGUCAUUAAGGGAAUUAAUAUCCCGAGUGCAAGCUGGCGAUGAAGUUAAUGGCGAGGACUUAACAAGCAAAAUUGAUAAAUUACAAACGUCAUCGUUAAAACUCUUUGAACAGCUCUACAAGAAUAAUGGAAAUUCUCAAUCUGAAACUAAGAAUGGGAACCCCGAGAAAUAA